AUGGACAAAGAGAGCAUAAGACACAGAAAACCAAGUUCCAACCAAGGAGCCGGUGAACUGUCUGUCGAGACGAUGAAAUCCAAAUCUAUGAAUCUACAGAAAGAGGUGGGUCUGAUAAGUGGAAUCUGUGUCAUUGUUGGAACAGUAAUAGGUUCGGGAAUCUUCAUUUCUCCUAAGUCAGUACUGGCUAAUGUUGGAGCAGUUGGACCAUGUCUAGUCAUCUGGGCAGCCUGCGGAGUUCUUGCUACAUUAGGGGCGCUAUGUUUUGCUGAACUUGGCACAAUGAUAACAAAAUCAGGAGGAGAAUAUCCUUAUCUGAUGGAAGCAUUUGGCCCAAUACCUGCAUACUUGUUUUCCUGGACCAGUCUAAUAGUCAUCAAGCCCAGCUCUUUUGCCAUCAUUUGCCUCAGCUUUGCAGAGUAUGCAUCAGCUCCAUUUUAUCCAGGAUGUGACCCUCCAGUAGCUGUCACUAAGUGCCUUGCUGCUGCAGCCAUUGUGAUAAUUACUCUAGUGAAUGCACUGAGUGUGAAGUUAGCAAGCUACAUGCAAAAUGUUCUUACUGGUGCUAAAAUGGUGAUUGUUGUAAUUAUCAUUGUAAGUGGCAUCGUUCUCCUGGCCAAAGGAAAUACGCAGAACUUUAACAAUUCGUUUGAUGGUCCCCCACUUUCCGUGGGUGCAAUUAGCCUGGCAUUUUAUAAUGGACUCUGGGCAUAUGAUGGAUGGAAUCAACUCAAUUACAUCACAGAGGAACUAAAAAAUCCUUAUAGGAAUCUGCCACUAUCUAUAAUUAUUGGAAUCCCAUUGGUCACAGUUUGUUAUGUUCUGAUCAAUAUUUCAUAUUUUACGGUUAUGACAUCAACAGAACUUUUGCAAUCUCAAGCUGUUGCUGUGACAUAUGGUGACAGGGUUCUUUAUCCUGCUUCUUGGAUAGUUCCUCUCUUUGUGGCCUUCUCUACUAUCGGAGCUGCCAAUGGGACAUGCUUUACUGCUGGCAGACUUGUUUAUGUCGCAGGUCGUGAAGGCCACAUGUUAAAGCUGCUCUCUUACAUCAGUGUUAAGCGUUUAACUCCAGCACCUGCUAUCAUAUUUUAUGGUGCAAUAACCAUUAUUUAUAUUAUCCCAGGAGAUGUCAAUACACUGAUCAAUUACUUUAGCUUUGCAGUCUGGAUAUUCUAUGGUCUGACUGUGCUGGGACUCAUUGUCAUGCGUUUUACAAGGAAAGAAUGGGAAAGGCCUAUCCGGGUUCCCAUUUUCAUCCCAGUCAUUGUAACCUUAGUUUCUGUUGUAUUGAUCCUGGCUCCGAUUAUCACCAAGCCUGAGCUUCCCUAUUUGUACUGUGUCCUAUUUAUCCUUGGUGGACUUUUAUUUUAUGUGCUUUUCAUCCACUUCAAAUUCAGUUGGGCUCAAAAGAUCUCAAGGCCCAUCACAAUGCACCUUCAGAUGCUUUUGGAAGUUGUCCCGCCAGAAGGAGUUCCAGAAUAAAGUUUGUUUCCUCAUCCUUAAAAAGGCAGGAUCAUGAAAACAGCUUUGCAGACACGCUGCAUCUUCUGUGGUUAUGGACUUAAUAAUGGACUAAGGAUUUUGAGGCUUGGGGCCUUUUCAAAUAUAAUUGACUAUAAUGGAAAUGUUUCCACCUCCACCUGGACACCUUCCUUUUUCUGCAGCAAGUUGAAAGAACAGUGCAGAUAGAAUUACAGUGCCAUCUAUCUGCAAAACAAACAUGGAAGAAGAAAAUAGACACUCUCAAAGGAAAUGACAGACAAGGACUGGUGAAAAGAAAAAUGAUCAAAAGAUGGCAGAAGCUGUAACUCAAAAUAUUUAUUACUUUUGAAAUUGAAGAAGUCUAAGGAAAGUACUAUACUGGAAGGGGCAAAGUUCACAGGCUAAGCUCCUGAUCAAGUCUCUUGCUGCCCAACUACAAAAACCAGGUUGUCAGAAUAACAUUGUGGACAUGGUGUGUUAAAGACGUAUUGUUUUUUGGACGUUUAUUUGUGACCUGUCAUGUGGCCUAGGGGCAGGCCACCCUGGCUUCAUAAUAUAGAAAUUUCAGACUUGCCUUGACCUGUAGGAAGUGGGAAGGAGGGGUAC